CUGUCCGCAAAUCGAUCUCCAUCAUGGCUUCGACGCAAGAGACACCCGCCGCACGGCGCUUGAAACACAUCAAGCACAUCAUCAUCGUUUGCUCUGGGAAAGGCGGGGUUGGCAAGUCCUCCGUCUCCGCUCAACUCGCUCUCUCGUUGCAUGCCUCGUCUCCAACGGCUCGUGUUGGCAUUCUCGAUGUCGACCUCACAGGACCAUCCAUACCUCGGAUGCUUGGUAUGGAUGGCCAUGGAGUGCAUCAGAGUAGCGAUGGCUGGGUACCAGUCUACGCCGACGGCACCGAAGCGAGGUUGGCAUGCAUGAGCGUCGGGUUCUUGUUGAAAAAGAAGGAGGACUCAGUUGUAUGGAGAGGUCCGAAAAAGAACGCGAUGAUUAGGCAGUUCCUCAGCGAUGUAAGGUGGGGUGACCUAGACUAUUUGGUCAUCGAUACACCUCCAGGAACAUCGGACGAGCAUCUAUCUCUUUUGGAGCAUAUGGCGCCUGUCCAUGAUCGCCUCUCCGCGGUGAUUGUCACCACGCCGCAAGCCGUCGCCCUGAUGGACGCCAUGAAAUGUCUCUCCUUCACCCGCGCAGUCUCCCUGCCCGUUCUGGGCGUUAUCGAGAACAUGAGCGGAUACGUGUGUCCAUGCUGUGGCGAAAUAAGUAAUGUGUUUUCGACUGGAGGGGGACAGGAAAUGGCGAGGCGCGAGGGGCUGCCGUUUCUGGGCAGCCUUCCAGUUGACACAGAGCUUGUGACUCUUCUGGAUGCCGCCGAAAUCGAAGAACAGGGGGCGGAAACGACCUCGGGCGAAAGGGAUGACAAUGUAGAGCGUUCCUUUGGGCUUCUUCGGCGCUAUCAGCAGACGUCUUCGGCGAAGCUCUUCAAGAAUGUCGUCGACAUGCUGGUACAGAAGCUGCCAGCGGCAGAAGAGGCCGUCCGAUAAUCGAUGAGCAUCACACAAUAUAUGGAAGAUAUGUAUGUAUUUUUGUUGUACUGCUAUCAUCUUAUUCCAUGU